UCCGCGGAACAAAGGCAAUAUAGGGCUAAUCACCGAUAACCCUAAGAAUAUCCGCAUACGAAGCUAGCUAACUACAAUAUAUGUUCCUUGCGUAUCAUCCCUUUUCGACUGUUGUGUCGCUAUCUGAUUGCCGUCUAAUACAGUACUCCAAACUGCAGGAGCCGGAUCGUCUUGGACCAGGAGUCGACCUUUCUUCAUAUGAAGACGAAUCUUGGCAUUUUCAAAGGUUGCCUUCAAAUUCAACCCUAUUGCAAAGACUCGGAGGCUAGAGAUGUACCAUCCGACCCUAUUGUCCUCGAGGAUGUGAAGUCUAGGGUAAUUGGGCUCACAACAAAGUACAUCCCAGGCGGAAAUCUCGAGAAUCCAGAUGUACCGUUCCUAUUUGAGUGGCUGAAGCAGCUUACUCAGCUCGUGGAUUUCCUGGAUCUGGAGCUGGGGAUAAUGCACCAAGACAUUGCACCCCGAAAUCUAGUGAUUGAUCCCAAAACGCACAAGCUCCUUCUUUUCGACUUUUAUUGGGGCUUCAUGUGGGGAAAAAGGUCGAGAGGAUGGCCGAGACGACAAAUUCCCCACUGGGAUCGGAAUAUAGACAUGGUGCAGAGUAUGUCAGAGUGGCCUUGUAAUCGUGACCUGGACCUCCACGUAUCGACUUUCCGCAACUUUUUGAACGAAUUGGUAGCAAUACAAAACUCUGAUGGGGACAUGGAACGAUAUCUCAACGCACCGAAGCGACUUACAUGGCCAGACCUACCGACUGCACCAGAUUAUAGUGUGCCUUUCGAAUCGGGCAAAAGUACUGACGGGGAGACGAUUUGGAGAACAGGUAGGUCUGCAGUCAAGACGAAGCGCAAUUGA